AUCAAAGUGAAAUUAGUAGGUGUCUCUCGCUCAGUGUUGAAGGAGUUCGUAUAAGGUGCUUUACUAAAUUCAAUUAGUUCUCAACAUGGCUGAUGAAAGUGAUGUUGCCGCAUUGGUAGUUGACAAUGGUUCCGGUAUGUGCAAGGCCGGGUUCGCCGGCGACGACGCUCCCCGUGCCGUUUUCCCCUCCAUAGUCGGCAGGCCCCGUCAUCAGGGAGUAAUGGUGGGUAUGGGUCAGAAGGACAGCUACGUGGGGGACGAGGCCCAAAGCAAGAGAGGUAUCCUCACCCUCAAGUACCCCAUCGAGCACGGUAUCGUCACCAACUGGGACGAUAUGGAGAAGAUCUGGCAUCACACCUUCUACAAUGAGCUCCGUGUGGCGCCAGAGGAACACCCAGUCCUGUUGACCGAGGCCCCACUCAAUCCCAAGGCAAACAGAGAAAAGAUGACCCAGAUCAUGUUCGAGACCUUCAACUGCCCAGCUAUGUACGUUGCCAUCCAGGCCGUAUUGUCCCUCUACGCCUCUGGUCGUACAACCGGUAUUGUGCUAGACUCUGGUGAUGGUGUGUCCCACACAGUCCCCAUUUACGAAGGUUACGCUCUUCCUCACGCCAUCAUGCGCAUCGAUCUUGCUGGAAGAGAUCUUACAGACUAUCUAAUGAAGAUCCUCACAGAACGUGGUUAUUCCUUCACAACCACAGCAGAACGUGAAAUCGUCAGAGACAUCAAGGAGAAGCUUUGCUACGUUGCGUUGGACUUUGAACAGGAAAUGGACACAGCGUCAUCAUCCAGUUCGCUGGAAAAGAGCUACGAACUCCCUGACGGCCAGGUCAUCACCAUUGGCAACGAGCGUUUCCGAUGCCCAGAGGCACUCUUCCAGCCAUCGUUCCUUGGUAUGGAAAACGCUGGUAUCCACGAGACAACCUACAACAGCAUCAUGAAGUGCGAUGUCGACAUCCGUAAGGACCUCUAUGCCAACACCGUCCUGUCUGGCGGCACCACAAUGUACCCAGGUAUUGCCGACAGAAUGCAGAAGGAAAUUACUUCAUUAGCCCCACCAACCAUGAAAAUCAAGGUCAUUGCUCCACCAGAGCGCAAAUACUCCGUCUGGAUCGGUGGCUCCAUCCUGGCCUCCCUGUCAACCUUCCAGCAGAUGUGGAUCAGCAAGCAGGAGUACGACGAGUCUGGACCUUCCAUCGUCCACAGGAAGUGCUUCUAAACUUUACAUAAACUCUUUGAACAUUAUGUCAAAAAUAACUUAUUGUACACAUUAUACAGUUACUAACCAUCUCGAUAAAGUCUCUUUUUGUGCAAUAUUUAUUAAUUUUGUGUUCAUCGUUUUAUGAAGAACGUUUGCAUGAAGAAAAGAUAUGUAUUCGUUCUGUUCUGGAAACAUGUUUGGUUUGAUUUGUUACUAAACAAUAUGUACUGACAUUUUAAUUACAUAAUCUUGGGUAAGUUUUUGUCAGUCUGUGAUAGUUUGAAUUAUUUUGAAAGGGUGUUUUUAGGCAUGUAGAAAAAAAAAGUUUGUAGUGAGAAUUAACAAAAAGUGGAAAAAAAUAAACGAAAUGUUAUUGCAA